AAGUUGUUUCCGGAGCUACUUCACAGCCCCACUAGCCUUUAGUCCUCUGUUCAUCCCUCACAAAAAAUAAAAAAUAAAUAAAAUCCCGUCUCCUUUAACACUCAGUCUCCGGCCGGCCUAGCCUACACCGGCGGUGAAUCUUUCCUUUCUAACCCUCACAUAAUCAGAGUCCCAGAAACCUUUCCUCAGGCAGGGCACAUUAAUAUGGGUCCUGAUUUGGACAUAAAAAAACAAACCGAUUGCUGCAAUGGAAAUUUUGGCUAAUAAAGAGAAUAAGAGUAUGCCUCGAGAUCCACAAGAUAAUAAGUUCAUACAAUGUGUGAGUAAUUUCCAGGACAAAAGCUUUCAUGCAGAAGAAGCUUUACAUGGUGAUGGAGCUAAGGCAGCUGCAGCCAGAAGUGAGGAUGUGGAGGUUAAUAUAAUUGACUGUACCACUGUCAGUGACAAUGGGCAAAAUGAAGCUAGAUGUGACGAUGCUGUGACCGAGAGCAUUAGUUCUUUUGGGGACACGGAAUCUAAGACUAAGAAUGGUUCUUCUGGGUUAAGUGAUACUGAAGUUGAGUCACAGUUAUUUGUUGGAGGUGGACAGAUGUCUAUAUUUGAUGGAUAUGGUGGCUCAUUUAAAAUGAGGAGGAAAAAGUUGACAGACCAUUGGAGGAGAUUUAUUCAUCCUCUUAUGUGGAGAUUUAAGUGGGUAGAAUUGAAAAUUAAGGAAUUGCGGUCCCAAGCCCUUAAGUAUGAAAGAGAUAUUGCAGAAGAUGAACGGAGAAAACUGUUUGAUCUUGAAACAUUUAUGGAAGGAGGUUUUCCUGUGAAGUCACUGCCUUUUUCUACUUGUAUGACGAGAAAGAAAGCAAUGAAGAGAAAGAAAAGAAAGAGAUUUGAAGAGACUGAGGAUGUAGCAUCAUAUAUGUUACAACAUAACCUUUUCUCCUAUUAUGAAAAUAAGAAGUCUGCUACUGAUGGUGCUUCUAUUGAUGAUGGUUGCAGUAACCCAGCCAAGACAAUAAAUGACAAUGAUGAGUUUGGGACUCAAGAUGGAUUGACGUCUAUUCAGUCCAGAGAUUGCAUCAGUGAACAUAUCCUUAGACAGAUUGAAGUGCUAAAAUCACAAGUCCAUAAGUUGAAGUCCCGGGCGGACAAAGUGGCUAGUGAAAAUCCUGUGAAAUUUUUCUUCUGUCAAUAAUUUGAGCGUACUUGCACCAUCUAAUGCAUUGACCAGUUCUGAACAAAAUCCUGCUUCAGUUCCAAAAAUAGGAGAUAGAUUGCUACAUACACGAACUCAGCAUAUGUCUGGGUGCAACAUGGGGGAUCUUAUGGCUGAAACUGCAAUUUCGAGUCAUGGAGAGGCCACCUCUCGAUCUGAUAUGAUUGAGAACACUGGCCAACCUCAGGGUGGGGUUUCAUGUGGAAAUGCUGAGGAAGAAAUUCUGAUACGUAAUGCUGCAGUGAAAGAGUUCAAAGAUUUUGACAUUGGGUUAGCAGAGAAGCUUCUGGGAGUAAUGGAAAAGCAAACAGUCCAAGCUUCAGAUCCUGACCUGCCAGAAGAGAUGCUGGUGGCUCGUGUCCUUUUUGGUGGAAAAUCACUUCCCAAAUCCAGGUCUAAUGUUUCCAAUUACAAGAAAAAGCAGGGGAGAAAAAAAUAAGGCUUUCCAAAAAAAGAUGGCACCUGCCGUGAUUAAAUUGUACAUGCUGCUUAUCCUGAUACGUAUCUUCUCUCUAUUCUCCUUUCCUUUCUGCUGCAAAUCAAGAAUAUAAUUCCUAUUCUGUAAAUCACUAUCAAUCUCCUGCCACUUUGUGCACUAUAUUUUGAACUUCGAAUACUAUUGUUUUGAUUGUGAUUUGUUAUAUUGCCAUGAUACACAUUAGUUCUCAUUCAUUAAAAA